AUGUUAUUUAGAUAGAAGGAGAAGAUAUAAGAUGUAGGAAAACAUAAUUUUCGUGAUUUUUAUAGAAUGGAACAUAAGGCUUAAACUAAAACAGUUUAAAUGAUGCCUAGUGUUUAGUCUGGUUUAUCAAGAUCAAUGAAGUUACAUAAUACUUCAAUUAUUUUAGUUAACCUUUAAUUGAAGAAAAUUAGAGUUCUUUGACUGGAAGUAGUUGGGAUGCUCAACACUUAGACACCUUUCUAAAAUAAAGUUAAUACUCUACUCUAAAAUAAACAUCAAAUCUCGAUAAUUAAGCGAUUUUUGUUGGGAGUGGUUAGAAUUAGAGUUUCUUUUUUCGUAGAUAAUAACCUCGAAUUAUACCAGAAUAUAUUGAUUACUUAAACAUGAGCAAAAUUAAUCAUAUUGUUUCUGAUCAUCCUAUUAAUCAUUCAUAAGAUGCUAUUAAAAAAAGAUUAGAAAUACCAUCAAAAAAUUAUGAUCAACAAAAUCUUGCCUUAUCAUAAAAUAAAACACUCAAAAAACCAUCUGGUUAUCUAGCAGAACUAAAAGAAACAUAAGAAUAAUAAAAAAAGUAUAUUAUAUAUUUAAUUAUAAAGAUUUCAUUAAUGGAGAGAAGAAUUUAGUGAAGCUAAUAAAGCUUAUAAAAAAAUCCGAUAAGCUUACAAGUAUAAGCAUAUUUAAUAUUAGAUCAGGAAUCAUUGGUAUUGACAAUCCAACUAUUUAAAAUUCAGAAUUAUACAAAGAUGAGCAUCAAAAUUAUAAACAAAAACAAGAAAAUCGUGUUAUUCAUACAAUCAAUAGAUAUUAAUGUAUAUUAAACAAUAUUAUAUUUUAGCCCUGGAAAAAUAUUCAAGUGCUAAUCCUAACAUUGAAUUUGAUAAUAGAAAAUAUGAUGAUUCUCUCACAUAAAUUAAUCAAACUAGAAAAAUUGGUUAAUAUCCUGCUUAAACUUUUGAAAUGGAUUCUCAAUGGAUGCGUAAAAGAACCAUCAAUCCUUGUUAGAAUACAUAAUAAAGAUUAUUUGGAGGAGAAAAUAAAAUUAGUAGAGCAGCAUCUCUCAGAUCUGAAAAUAUCAAAAACCAAGAACUUAGAGGAAGAGAUUAUAAUUGCAUUUGUUUAACAAAAGUGUGA